AUGAAGACUAGUUUUAGAAGAUUUAUGGCCUCAGCUUCUCCUGCAGGUAUGCCAGGGCCCAAUCCUGGAUCGAUAGCUUUAUUACCUCCGAUUCCCCUGUAUAGACGACUAUUACGUACCCAUCGAAAACACCUUCCGACGGAAAUGCGUGUACUCGGAGAUGAAUAUGUAAAAAGUGAGUUUAGGGCUCAUAGAAAUAUCGAUAAUCCAGUGCACAUAAUUGGCUUUUUGACCGAGUGGCAAUUAUAUGCCCAAAAGUUGGAAGGCAAUUCGUGGAUAGGGGAGAAAAUGGAUCCGACAAAAGUCGAGAAAAUGAGCGAUCAACAAAUGGGUCAGAUGUAUGAGUUAAUGAUGGCAAUUCGGCGAAAAGAAAGUAACCAAACAUACUCGGGAGAAUAG